AAUGCGUCAACCGAAAGUUCCGCGUUCUUGAGGUAUCCAGCAAAGAGUACGAGCGCUGUAAAAUACCACAUCUCUAAACUGCAAAGCAUAACAGCAGAGGCCGCGGACAGCUUUACAAAUCCCCAAAGGUUGCGGAAUGCCUGGCACGAGAAUCCCGUCCAUGCUUGUGGGCACGCCCCAGCCCAUAUAUACACAAGCUGGGCCACCACCACGAACCACCACGAGGCAUUGAGUACGAGGGCCCCACCAGCCAUCCCCCACCCGAGCCUCAGCAUCAGAAGCCAACUGAGCGCCACGUGGAUGACAAGUGCAGCGGCCGAGAUCCAGGCCAUGGCCAUCAUCUUGCUCUGGGCCUGUAGAAACUUUGAGAUGGGGAAGUUCAGGGCGGAUCAUCCACCACGAAAACUGGGCCGCGGUCCGAGAGAUGUCUUUGUCCUGGCCCAAUACCAGCAGAAUGGGCUCUGCGAAAACGUAGAUGAGGGUGAGGAGGAGGCUGGUGGCGAGGAGGAUGAUCCACGAUCUCUGCAUAUAAACGCCCAGCAUCUCCAUCUGCCCAGCGCCGUACGCCUGCCCGCA